AUGACUUAUAAUCAUCCUAAUUAUCAACAACAACAAAAUCAAAAAGAUAACAGUCUACAGUUUCCAAAUCUCGAUCUCCCACCAAUACAAAAUUCCGACCAGGUUCUUUUUAAUCACGAUCAACAUCUUUUUCUCCAACAAAACAUGGGUCAACAACAACUCCAGCAACAAAUUCAUGGUCAACAAAUUCAACAACAAAUAUCCCAAAAUUAUGCUCAGCACAUUUAUCAACAAAAUCCUGCUCAUCAACAAUUUCAAAGCUGUGGACAAUAUAAUCAAAACAAUAAUGACAACAAUGAUAGCAUGAUGAUGAUGACAACUCAAAUUUUAUCACAACAACAACCUAUAAUUUAUAAUGAUCAUCUUCCUUCUUUGAAUUGUGAGAAUAUUAAUAAUAAUGAAGAUGAUAUUUUAACAUUGAGAAUUUCUCAUCGUAUGUUAAUGAUUAAAGAUUGUAUUGUGAUGAUAAAUCGACAAUAUGUUGAAUUAGAGCAAGAUUUUAUCAAAUUAAGGCGCAGCUAUAAUUAA